UUUUAAACAAACAAAAUGGGUACCGAAUCUGAAGGCAACAAAAGUAAAAAUGGAAUUAACAAUAAGAAGAAAAUGCCAUCUGAGAAAAAACUCCCAUCGUUAUUAUCAAGACUUUGGUUCUGUUGGAUGUUCCCAAUGUUUUACAAUGGAAAUAAACGUGAUUUAGAAGAAUACGACUUAAUGCCAACUAAGAGAAUUUAUGACUCCAAAUUCUCAGGUGAUAAAUUAGAACGAACUUGGCUCGAAGAACAAAACACAGCACGGGCGGAGGGCAGAGAACCUUCCUUCACGAAGGCCUUAAUAAGAGCCUUCGGGUGGAGCUUCCUGCCUGGGGGUUUAAUGCAGUUCCUAUCUGUAGGGUUGAGAACCAGCAGUCCACUGUUAUUCUCUCAACUGCUAAGCUACUGGUCUGUGGAGCGACCCAUAGAUAAGUUAACAGCCACAUACUAUGCACUGGGACUAAUUGUUACCAACUGGCUUUUCGCAUUCUUCGGCCAUCACGGGAACCUGUAUUGUCAACAGUACGGAAUGAAGCUCAGGGUCGCUACCAGUUCUCUCAUGUUUAGGAAAAUAAUGCGUAUGAACAAUGGAUCCCUAGGCGAAACUACUGCCGGUAAAGUGGUGAACAUUUUGUCAAAUGAUCUUCAAAGGUUCGACAUGGCGUUUUUGUUUAUGCAUUACAUCUGGAUCAUACCGUUACAACUUGGCGCCGUGUUGUAUUUGGGGUAUAGGGAGGCUGGGUAUUCUGCUCUGAUAGGCAUGGCGGCUCUUUGUUUAAUCGCUUUACCGUUUCAAGCAUUCCUCGGACGAUUGACGGGGAAAGUAAGAUUCCGUGUAGCCGAAAAAACUGACGAAAGAAUCAAAGUGAUGAGUGAAGUAAUUAACGGCAUCCAGGUAAUCAAAAUGUACGCAUGGGAGAUCCCAUUCCAGAAAGUAGUGGGUGAAAAGCGUAUGGAAGAAUUGAAGCAAGUGAGAUUAUCAACAUUGAUUAGAACACUGUUCCUUGGUUUCAUGAUAUUCACUGAAAGAACUGCGCUUUUUAUUACCAUUCUUGUGUUCGUGUUGGCUGGAAACGUAAUGAGUGCCAAUGUCAUAUACCCGCUGCAGCAGUUCAUGACGUCUGCUCAACUCAAUGUCACUUUGAUUCUACCUCUCGUCCUUGCCUUCACUUCCGAACUCAUCGUGUCUCUCAGAAGAGUCCAGGAAUUCCUAUGCUUAGAGGAUCGUCCGGAUUUAAUUAAUAAACGACAGUGGUCGGUAAAUUCGUCAUCAUCUGUGGUUUUCGAAGGCGUGAAGAAGGUUGACAACGACAAUAAUACUUCCAUCGAAGCAAUUUCUUAUAAACCAAAAACUGAAUUUGGUAGCACAAAUGGUCUGCAUCAAAGACACAAUAGCAAAAGAUACAGGCGCAGUAUGUCAAUGUCCAGUAACGACAUUGCAGUGGAGUUACGCGAUGUAUGCGCUAGUUGGACAGGUGACCCUAACAUGUUGGCGCUUAAAAACGUUUCCAUGCGCUUACGCAAGGGAAAGCUUUGUGCCAUCAUUGGACCUGUUGGCGCGGGAAAGUCUUCUGUGCUACAAUUGCUGCUGAAAGAAUUGCCGGCCUCUUCUGGCACGGUUUCAAUUUACGGCACGGUGUCAUACGCUUGCCAAGAAGCCUGGCUUUUCCCCAGUACAGUUCGAGAAAACAUCGUCUUCGGAUUGCCUUAUAACUCGGAAAAAUACAAGUCGGUGUGUAAAGCGUGCUCUCUUGAAAAGGAUUUUAAGCAAUUCCCCUACGGCGAUCAGACCUUAGUGGGCGAAAGGGGGGCGUCUCUUUCAGGGGGCCAGCGGGCCAGAAUCAAUUUGGCUCGGGCCGUCUACAGAGAGAGCGACAUAUACCUACUGGACGACCCCUUGUCAGCGGUGGACGCGAAGGUGGGUCGUGAGCUGUUCGAGGGCUGCAUCAACGGGUACCUGCGAAACUACACUAGAGUGCUCGUAACGCAUCAAAUACAUUUCCUAAAAGCUGCCGACUACAUUAUAGUCAUGAAUGAGGGCGGAAUAGAAAAUGUCGGCACAUUUGACGAGCUCGUUACGAGCGGCAAGGAUUUUGCCAUGAUGCUUGCAGCCCUUCAAGAGGGUAAAGAAGAUUCCGGUAGUACUUUUUCAUCUGAAAGUGGAAAAGAAAAGAAAUCGUACCUGCGAAUUCUUUCUACGUCAAGCAGCGGCGAUGGUGAAGACGAGGAGGAAUUUGAAGCACAAAAGAUGGCUGCCGAGGAACGCCAAUCAGGCAACUUGAAAUGGGAAGUUGUCUCUUCUUAUUUCACUUCUGGAGGAAAUUGGUGUUUCAUAAUGUUCACCAUAUUUAUGAUUCUCUUGACGGCUAGCGCUGCCGCCAGCGCUGAUUAUUGGAUUAGCUAUUGGUCAAAUCAAAUGGCGCUUUACGAAAUGGGACUGGAAGGAGCUGAAAUUGACCCCGGACUGGACGUGGUAGUGGGCCUUUUCACGACUGGCCAGUACCUCAUCAUCCACGGCUGCAUAAUAAUAACAUGCAUCGUUUUGACCCAAGUUCGAAUCUUCCCGUUUGUGAGUCUGUGCGUUUCCGCUUCCGCAAACCUCCACAACCGCAUGUUCUCUAGUAUGAUAAAGGGCAUCAUGAGGUUCUUCGACACUAGUUCAUCAGGUCGUAUUCUGAACAGGUUUACAAAAGACAUGGGAGCAUUGGAUGAAAUUUUACCCAGGACAUUGCUGGAUGUUCUGCAGAUUUACAGUACUUUGAUAGCUAUAUUGGUGCUGAACGCCAUUGCCCUGUAUUACACUUUGGUACCGUCAGCCGUCUUGCUGUUUUUGUUCUUUUUAUUUGUGAGAGUCUAUUUGAAAAUGGCUCAGGGUGUAAAGCGAUUAGAGGGAACUACAAAGAGUCCUGUGUUUGGAAUGGUAACAUCAUCCCUUAACGGCAUAGCUACUAUAAGAUCUUGCGGCGCUCAAGAAAACCUCAUCAAGGACUUUGAUACUCAUCAAGACUUGCACACGACUGCAUGGAACGGAUAUUUGUGUGGUGGAGCCACGUUUGCGCUAUACUUGGACACAAUGUGCCUACUUUAUCUAGCUACGGUCAUUUUCGUUUUCCUGUAUCUUGACUUCGAUGACAUAAUCCCUGUGGGCAGCGUCGGCCUCGCGGUGACGCAGAGCAGCACGUUGACGGCGAUGUUGCAGCACGGCGCGCGCAUGCUUGUUGAGUUUAUUGCGCAGCUCACCAGUGUUGAGCGAAUCCUAGAGUACACGCGCAUUGAGAACGAAGAGAACCUCUUCGAAGGACAGAUUCACACACCAGCAAUAUGGCCAUCGGAAGGCAGAAUAGUAUUCCAAAAUGUCAAUUUGCGUUACGCUCCUGACGAACCGCCAGUGUUGAAGAAUCUUAACAUCUGCAUUGAGAAUGGAUGGAAGGUGGGCAUUGUCGGUAGAACGGGUGCAGGCAAAUCUUCCCUAAUUUCGGCCGUGUUCCGAUUCGCCUACAUCGACGGCUUAAUAGCAAUUGAUGGUCUCGAUACCGCCCUCGUAUCAAAGCAGGGACUUAGAUCAAAAAUAUCCAUUAUCCCUCAAGAACCUGUCCUGUUCUCGGCGACAAUUAGAUACAAUUUGGAUCCAUUUGAUAUGUACAGUGACGACGAAAUCUGGAGAGCGCUUGAACAGGUCGAUAUGAAAUCUUCCAUGCCUUCGUUGGAUUUCAAAGUAACGGAAGGAGGAUCAAACUUUUCUGUGGGACAACGGCAACUGAUGUGCUUGGCUCGAGCAGUGCUUAGGUCCAACAAAAUUCUCAUUAUGGAUGAAGCCACUGCUAAUGUGGAUCCUAGUACGGACAAUUUUAUACAGCAAACCAUUCGACGGCAGUUCGCAUCAUGCACCGUGCUUACCAUAGCUCACCGUCUGAACACCAUAAUGGAUUCUGAUAAAGUCCUUGUUAUGUCGAACGGAGAGAUUGUAGAGUUCGAUCACCCCUAUAUUCUUCUUUCGGAUAGCAACAGUCAAUUUUCCUCAAUGGUGCGUGAAACUGGUGAGAAAAACAGCGCGACUCUUUUCGAAGUAUCGAAAGACGCUUACUUUCGCAGUAAUCUUCAAGAAUACGGACAGAAAGAAACGAAUCGCUAACAAGUAUAUAAUUUUUUUAGCAAGUUACUAGUAUAUAUGAUGGAUAUAUGGACA